UAAAUCAUUAUUAAACAAUACACAAAACACCUAAAAAAAUUUUCUACCUACUUUUAGCUAAGUAAAGUGGAUAUCACAUGCUCUACACUCAUUGUCUAAGCAAAACCCUUGACAAAAAUAACAACUAUUUUUAAUCUUCUUUCAAUUAAUCACCAGUGGAGUAGACUACACUCCAACUAAUGCAGAUAAAUAGCCAAGUCAAAUUCCAAAUACAAAAUAAUACGUUCUUUCUUUCUAUAAACAUCAACCCGUAAAAUUAAGCCGGAAUAACUCCCUUACGACUUACGAGCCGUGGUCCGUGCAUAAAACAACGCGGUCCAUCCGUCCAUGGAUAAAACUCAUAAAACAACUCAAAAUCUAAAUCCAAAUUCAGUCCAAAAAAGAAACAAAAAGAAAAAGAAGAAGCAAAAAAAGAAGGCAGGUAAGCGUAGGAGUACAGAAAACGAGGGGGAAAGAGAAAGAAAAUAUACUCUCUCUCUCUUCUCGAGUAACAGAAACAGCUCCUCUGUCUCAAUUCCUAAAUUAGUAAUCCGUACCUUCUCUUUCUCUUUCUCUUUCCUACUUUUCUUUCUCCAACGGCCAUUUCACAAUACCAUGGCUCUUUCACUCUAUCAAUUUCCCAGAUUUAUCAGAACCCCUUAAUCAUCUUCUUCUUCUUCUUCUUCUUCAUCCUUCAUCAAUGGCGUCUUCACCAUCUUCACUACCCAUCUUUCUCUCUCCUCCUUCACCUCACCUUCACCACCACCGUCAUCACAUCACUGCUUCUCGUCUCCUCCCACCUCUCCUCGGCGCGACCCUCACUUUCUCUCUCCUCUUCCUCUUCGCCUCCUUCUUCCGCCGUUUCUUCCACCGCCUUAAACGCUCCCCUUCUCUCUCCUCCUCUUCACCCACUCUUCCUCGCCGUUUCUCCUUCUCUACUCUCCGACGCGCCACCGCUAACUUCUCCGCUUCCCGCCGGCUCGGUCAAGGUGGGUUUGGGUCCGUUUUUUCUGCCACUAUCUCUGUUUCUCGCACCCGGAAGCUAGCCGUUGCAGUUAAGUUGCUCGAUUGUGGAUCCCUUCAGGGUGAGCGUGAGUUUCAGAACGAGUUGCUGAUUGCGAAUAAGCUGGUUGAAUCGGAUCGAGUUGUGAAACUUCUGGGUUUUGCUUCGUCUCGGAAACGACGUCGUAUGUGUCUGGUUUAUGAGCUUAUGGAAAAUGGUAAUUUGCAGGAUUGUUUGUUGCAUAGGAAAUGCGAGGAGUUGAUGGAGUGGUCUAACAGGUUUCGGAUUGCUGUUGAAGUUGCUCAAGGUUUGGCGUUUUUGCAUCAUUGUUGUGAUCCUCCUGUAAUUCAUGGUGAUGUUAAACCUAGUAAUAUUUUGUUGGAUGAUUGUUUUAGGGCUAAAAUUGCUGAUUUUGGACUUGCUAGGUUAAAAUUGGGGGAAAUUAAUGAUGGGGUUGUAGUUAAUAUUGCUGGGGAUAAUCAGGGGAUUAAAGGGGGUUUAAAUGGUAGUGUUGAUAAUGUUGUUAAUAAUGUUAAUGUUGGUAUUGAUUGCAAUAAUAAUGUUGAUGUUGGGGUUGAGGAUACUGGGUCAGUGAUGGAAACUGAGAGUGUGACUACUACGGCGGGGUUUGAGGAGGGGAGUGUUGGGAUUGAUCUGUCUCCGAUGAGGAUUGAGACCUCGCCGGAGAUGGUGACUGCGAAGACGUCUCCUUCAGAGUUUAAUGAUAAGGGGUUUGAUUUGGAGGGUCAGUUUAAUAGGAUGGAUUUGGAAGAGGUUGGAAAAGAGGUGGGGAAGGCGCGGAGUUUGAAUGUCAAUGGAGGGGGGGCUGGGAGGGUGAAGGAUUAUGUGAUGGAGUGGAUGGGAAUGGAGGUUGGGAGGGAGGGUUUAGGUAAUGAUUGUAAUAAAGGGGGAGCUUCGUCGAGCUCUGUAGUGCCCAAGAAAGGUGGGAAGGCAAAAGGGAAGAUGAAGACGUUGGAUUGGUGGGUAUCGAUGGAAGAAGGGUGGAGUUCGAAGAAGGAGAAAAGGAGGCCGGCGAGGGAAUGGUGGAAGGAGGAGUAUGGUGAGGAACUUGCUAGGAAGAAGAAGAAGAAGAAGAAGAAGAAAAAGAAGAAUCAAGAGUCUAAAAGUGAUAAUGAGGAGAAUUGGUGGCCUAGGGAUGAUGAUUUGUAUGCUGUGAAGAAGAACAAGAUGUAUAGUAGGAGUAGGAGGAGCAGCCGGAGUAGUGUUGACUGGUGGUUGGAUGGUUUUAGUGGAGAUCUUAGGAAUGCCCGUCAUACGAGCUAUGAUUCAAUGAGUGGGGAGAUCCCCAAGAGUGGUGGGGUUAGUAGCACCCCUAGUAUGAGGGGGACUGUGUGCUACAUUGCUCCUGAGUAUGGUAGUGGUGGUGAUCUCUCUGAGAUGUGUGAUGUGUACAGCUUUGGUGUGUUGCUUUUGGUUCUUGUCGCUGGGAGGCGGCCUCUGCAAGUGACUGGCUCGCCCAUGUCAGAAUUCCACAAAGCAAACCUUGUUUCAUGGGCGCGUCAACUUGCUCGUUCUGGAAAGCUUCUUGAUUUAGUUGACAAGAGAAUUCGUUGUUUGAACAGAGAAGAAGCUCAACUCUGCACCAUAGUUGCUCUCAUGUGCCUGCAGAAAUCACCAGCUCGCCGGCCUUCUAUGAAAGAAGUUGUAGGAAUGCUCUCUGGGGAAUUAGCUCCUCCUCAGCUUCCAAUGGAAUAUUCUCAGUACUCUUUCAGGUCCCGGAAAAAGAAUUUCCGGUGAGGUUUUGGUUCAAUUUGUUGCAAAUUAUGGUUCAACACUAUACUUAUUAUAGGGUUACUUGUUAGCACCUAGCCUUGCUGAUUUUUUACUUAAUUUUUUAACUGGUGAGGGAUUGCAUAUUCUUAUUCUUUUGAGAGUUCUUGUACAAUAAACUGUAACUCCGAAAACCUCAAUGUUGAGUUUACCUUCUUGUACAGCUAUAAGUUAUACUUGAAUUCAAAGAAAAAAAUACACGUACUUUGCAAA